CGCAUCAACAACAUUAAUCACCACAACAUUGGCCGAUGAUUCAUUUUCAUCAUUUACACCCGAUAUUCCACCGCCAACAGCUAAAGUUGGUCGAGUAUUUAAACCAUCAAAUCAACUUCAUGGCCUGUAUUACCAAAAAGGAAAAGAAUCAAGGCAUCGAGUUGAUAUUGCAUUCGACACAAAAAUUCCUUCGUUAAAUCCUGAUCUAACUGGAGUAGUGAACGAUAUUAAAUGUACUGAUAAUAAACAGGGUGAUGACCUCAUCACUCUUACCUUAAAAGAUGAUGAUUACAUUAAAAUGGUGGAUACUUGGCCAGAAGGAGAUUUGAUGCUAUUAAUUAGUCAUGAAUGGGAAUGCUUUGGUAAAAAGACGACGCAAUUCUUCAUGGCUAGUAAUAAAACAAUUGAAGCAGACAAAUUAAAUAAUCGUCGUGACUUGAAUGUGGAUAAGUCAAAUAAAAUUGAUCUUAAUAUGAUGUAUGAUCCAAAAACGGGAAAAUCAUCGCAUCCAAAUAUUCCAUUAAUUAAAGCGGGACAAACGAUUGCAAGCAAUGGAACAGGAACAGGAGAAUCUUUACUUUGUGCUAAUUGUUAUGUAAAUGGAGAAGCGACAAUUUCUUUACAUAUUGAAGGAGAGACUUUACCGAAUCCUAAAAUUACAAAUGCAACAAUUUCAAUGGAUGGUAAUUUGAAUUUCAAUUUCGAUCUAUCAGUCAAUGGUCAAAUUGGUGUUGCUCCCAGUACUCCUGAUAUCCAACUCUUUGAACUUCCAUUGAGCCCGUUGGGCAUUCCAAAUGUAUUUAAUAUUGGGCCAUCUUUAAUAUUGGCCGCUUCCGCUCAAGUAUCAACUGCUGUCACGGGAACUGUUUACACCGGUGGAUCAAUUUCAUACCCAAAUUUCCACAUGAGUGGUUCUUUGCUCGACAACAAGGAUCCAAACUUUCAGCAAUUCGGAUUCGAGGCACAAACAAAAUCAAAAGAUCCUUCAGUCGGUGUCACAGUAUCAACCGGAAUCUAUGGUUCAUUAAAACCACAAAUCGCUCUGAGUGUUGAUAUCAUGAAUGGAUUAUUACAAGCUAAAACUGGAUUCCAAGUUGUCACUACUUUGGGUGCUGAUAUCACUGUUGGAUCGGAAUCUGGUUGUGAUAAUCCCAAACAACCACACAUUGAAACCGCAUUAACCGGUGGAUUAGGUUUCUUUGUUCAGAGUGUUAGUUUACCCACUCUUAAAUUCCCAAAGAAG